CCAAGUAUUUUGUUCAAAGCAUACCAUAGGCACAUAAGAAGAAGAGAGAAAACAUAUCUGAACUUAAUUGGUGUCUGCAUUAAGAUCCACCAAGAGAUGGAUUUUGAUUAUUCAUCUUUCUUCCAGUACCAAAACCUCAACACUAAUAACUCCUUUCUAAAUUCCUGUGUUUCUUCUUCAGAACCAUUCCCUUGGGAAGACUUUCUUCUCUUCGAUGAAGAAAACACCACCCUUAAUCCCUUCAGCAACUCACAAUCACAAAUCAAGGAAUCAUCCUCAGAUUCCAACUCUUCAGGCUCUUUGGUCAGCACUGAGUCACAAGAAGUGUCCUCCAACUUAAGUCAUCAUGCUGAUCAAGUACUGAUCAAGGAAACAACACAACCACCAAAGGAAAGUAACAAAGAGAAAAGACCCUUCAGAGGAGUGAGGAGAAGGCCAUGGGGGAAGUUUGCUGCGGAAAUAAGAGACUCCACAAGAAAUGGGGUUAGGGUGUGGAUAGGAACAUUUGACACAGCUGAGGCAGCAGCACUAGCUUAUGACCAAGCAGCUUUGUCCACGAGAGGUUCCAUGGCAGUGCUGAAUUUCCCUGAAGAAGUGGUGAGGGAAUCACUCAAAGACAUGAACAACAAGACAUCAUGGGAAGAUGGUUCCUCUCCAGUGUUGGCACUCAAGAGGAAACACACCAUGAGAAGAAAGUCCAAAACUUGUAACAAAAAGACCAAAAGGGACCAUGGAAAAGGGUUAGAGAACAUGGUUUCACAAAGUGUGCUUGUGUUGGAGGAUUUGGGUUCUGAAUACUUGGAACAACUUCUCAGCUUGACUUCUUCUGAUGCUGAACUCAUUUGCUAGUUAAUUACUUUAGUUCAUUGAUUAAUUCCUGCUGUUGAAUCUUGUUCAUUAAUUAGUUUUAACGUUAAUUCUUCAUGACUUGGUAAAUUUGUCCUUGGCAUUCGGAUCCGUCACUUUUCAUCAUCUAUCCUCUCUUGCUGAUAUGUUUUUUUCUGGUGUGGUUAUAAUGUAAUGAGAAAGGAGAAUAAUUGAAGAGUCCAAUUGUACAAACAAAAUGCCAUCAAGAAAGAUAUAUAUUUUUUUCUUCUUUCAAAUAAUAGAUGUUGAAUUGUCCAUGGUACCAUGCUUUGUUGUAUUCGAUGGGGCUCUUUAAAAAGGGGAUAGGGAAAGGAGAUGGUGAUGACUGUACUAUUAUAUAUAUAUAUAUAUAUUCUCUUUAAUCAAAACUUUGUAAAUAAAAUGUCGUA